CUCAGCUGCUGCCCAACAAACGAAUACAGGAAUCCUCUGCACUUGUGAAAGACUUCCCAACCCCGCCUCCAGAAAAGCAGUCCCUGCUAACCAGCAGUCCCUGAGUCCCCUGUACUCGUUCCUCUGCCUCUGUGGCCAGAGCAGCUAUGGCCUGGAGUUUCCGCGGGAGACUGCAGCUCGGGGGACUGCUCCUCUCACUCCUUGGUUGGGUCUGCUCCUUUGUUGUCACCGUCCUGCCCCAGUGGAAGACUCUCAAUGCAGAAAUGAAUGAAAUGGAUACCUGGACCAUGGGGCUCUGGGAGACCUGUGUGAAUCGAGAGGAAGUCGGCACCGUGUGCAAGGCCUUCAACUCCUUCUUGUCUCUGCCCUGGGAGCUCCAGGUUGCACGUAUGUUCAUGAUCACGUCCCAAGGCCUGGGGCUAUUGGGGCUUCUGCUGUCUGGCUUUGGGUCUGAAUGUUGCCAGUUUCACAGGACCACAAAGGUACUCAAGGAACGCCUUUGCCUCCUGGGAGGGAUUUUGGAGGCCUUGGCCUCAGCCACUACCCUCUUUCCAGUCUCCUGGAUGGCCCAUGACAUAGUCCGAGACUUCUGGGAUGACAGAAUCCCUGAGACUGUACCACGGUGGGAGUUUGGAGAUGCCCUCUUCCUGGGCUGGUUUGCUGGUCUUUUCCUGGCUGUUGGUGGACUACUGCUCACCUUUUCUGCCUGCGUGGGAAAAGAAAACGUGUCUUCCCCCUGGAUGGCUGAUUCCACAGCCCCACCAUCCUGGACUCCAGUGGAGCAAUUAGUGUCCUUCCACCUCAUGCGAAGACCUGUAAACCUGGACAUCUAGGGCUGGUUCUGCCACGAAAUCUCUGCAAUUAAAAGAAUGCCGGUAGAAUUUUCUGUCUCCCCUAUCAUUUAUCACUUUCUGGGCUUGUUGUUGUAAUUUAAAUGAAGAUGUAUUUCAUUGUUC